AUGUUCAUUACGGUGGUCAAAAAGAUGAAAAAUCAAUCUGAGCUAACCUAUAUAGAACUUAAGGUAUACGAUACCGGCGCUCGGAAUGCCGCCAUACCCUUUGAGACCAGGUCGGGUGAGAAGAACCGAACCAUUGCCGCCAAGAACCGCAACCCCAAGGAUUGCUUUGAAUGGUUGAUGUGUGUGCAGCAGUGGGUUGUAUGCAUCACAGUCUUCUCUGGGUGCGAUUUCCUUGCUGGCCAGGAUUAUCUGAGCCGGUUGCUUUGGUUAGCGAAGUCCCGUUCGUUUGAGGCAGCAGUCGAGUAUGAUAAGGGUUACAGGUUAGCCUUGCCACAAGGAGUUACCCGCCUGCGGGACACGGACCCUUCUCUCCAAGUCGACUCUGCCCUCGGUACCUACUUGAGAUCUAAUCAGUCUCACGGGCUGAUAGCCGUGGCCUUGGCUAAGCCGGCUGUAAGCCACUCUGGCAUACCCAGGCCACCUUCGGGCAAGGGUAUACGUAGACAAGGGAGUACUAUGCAGUUUGGUGCUGACACUUGUCGUUUCACUCGCCAAUCCUGUCCCUUUGGUAGGGAUUGGCGUUAUCGUAAACAUUUCGGCGACCCCCAAGCCAAGCCCUAUUGGCAAAACGGUCUAGAUGGGGACAGGACAGGAGCCCCGGGGCGGAUAACGCCCUAG